GCUAACCAGAUGGAAUAUCCUAAUGCUGGGGAUCGACACGAUGUCUCGAGCUCGCGCGUACAACAGCUUGCCGAAGACUGUGAAGUACUUACAGUCUUACGAUUGGCUGGACUUUAGGGCUUAUUCUAAGGUGGGAUUUCGGACAUUUGAAAAUAUUUUACCGUUGUUGACGGGUUUACCACCGAUCACCACCAGAGUUCUAGAAGAACAAUUUAAGGCAUUGGAGAAAAACGCACAUCGCUUCAUGUGGAACAGGUUCAAAGAAGCUGGAUACAUGACUGCGUUUGGCGAGACUCACAUGGAGACGUUCUUUAGAUUCUACGAGCUCCACCCCACCGACCAUUACGUGCGGCGGUUCGAAGAGGAGCUCUGGAGAGGCAACUACGUCUGCUCCGGAAGCAUGUUCCCUGAACGACACCUUUUCGACUACAUACUCCAAUUUAUCCGAGCCUACAAAGACCCAUACUUCGGGUUUUUCUUCUCCAAUUCCUUCAGCCACGACUAUCCGGGUUCGCCGGCCCUCCUGGACAAACACUUGAUAGAAUUCCUGGAGCAAUUGCGUCAGACUAAAUCCUGGAAUAGUACGUUUGUCGUUCUUUUCUCAGAUCACGGCGUGACGUACGGAAAGCCAAGGAAUGACAAGCAGAAGGAGUUUUAUUACGAAGAACGGCUGCCUAUGCUGUUUAUGCAGGUCCCUGACGACUUCAAAGAGGUUUUCCCCGACGAGUAUUUCAACAUGCAGUGGAAUCAGAACAGACUGACGACCGUCUACGACCUCCAUGCGACAAUGUUGAAGAUCCUUAGCCUCUCGACAAACACUCGACAAAGUAAACCAGACGCUUGCCCGAAAGUCACCGGUUUGACCGAAAAAAUCUCGUCUAAAAGAACCUGCAAAGACGCCUGUGUUAGUGAAAUUUAUUGCACAUGCCAGUGCUUGAUAAAUGCUCCAAAUACAUGGUUAACAAGGAAGAGUUUGAACGUAGCGGUUUCUAAAGUGCAACAAAUCUCUCAGGCUAUAAAAACCGACGUGAAAUGCACGAAAUGUGCGAAGCUAAAAUACGAGAAAACGAAUAGAAUACACUUCUAUACAAGAGGCAAUAAAACGUGGUAUAUAGUGAAUUUUGACGUUUCUCCUGGCUAUAAGUCUUUUGAGGCUAUACUUGAGUAUGACGGGCAACGUUUCACACAUUUAGUUACAGAAAUCACGAAAGCAAUGGCAGAUCAAAGUUGCGUAUACGCUUAUCAAGAUAAGGUGUAUUGUGAAUGUAUCAAAGAUAAUAAAUGUACUUAA